CCCCUAACCUAAGAUGCGACGUUGUCAAUAGUGCGAUGUUGCCAAUUUCACCGCGGUCCUAGGUUAGUGCUCCAAGUUUGGUCGCGCGCCCACACACACACACACACACACACACACACAUACACCAACACAUAUCCAGUUAAACAUAGACCCUAAAUUCCUGGCGAGAUCCAAAUAAUAUUUUUAACUUUUAAGUAGCAAAUAUUAUUGGGAAACUGAUAAGAAACCGCAUUUCAUGUUGUGACCAGAUGUUACAUUCUGUUUUUGUAAGAAAAAUUAUGUGGUUUUGAUUAAACCUAAUCUUAAGAAUUAAUAAUACGGAAUGCGGUUAUGCCUUCAGUGUUAGUUAUUGUUGUUCGUAAUUGAUAUAGUAGUUUCAAUCUUAUUUUGGUCUGAGACACACAUAAAAAAAAAAAUCCAAAAUGGCUCCAUUUUUAAAGCAAGUGAACGAUGACAUCGAUAUGCCGCCAAGCCCGUUUGUUCCCUAUGGACAAAUUCCUUCGCCUAACUAUUGGGUAGACGAUGAAAUCCUUCUAGCUCCAAGUACUCCGUCAUAUUCACCACCAGCGUUUGAUUACUGCAACCAUCAUCAUCAUCACUCGGAGUCUGAAAACGAUGAUAAUGUUGAUGAUGAUGAUGAUGAUGAUGUUUCACUACCAGACCCCACAAUUCCAAUUAAACAAAUAGUUUUUAACGAUUUGUGGGAGCAGGAGGAGGAACCAUUAGACUUAAGGAUUAUCACCGUGCAGGACAGUGAAAGUGAUAUGGAGCAGGAGGAGGCUUUAGAUCUAAGGAUUAUCACGGUGUACGACAGUGAUGAUGAUAUUUCAGAGUGAUUGUAAUAUGGAGCAGGAGACUUUAGACUUAUUAUUUAAUGAUUGUUUAACUCUAGGACAGGAAAAUAAAUCAGUUUAAAUUUCUA